CUAAAGUUUCUUGUAGUAACUUUCAAAAGUUGGUCUUUAAAGUGUUCUUGCUUUUGUGUCUACUCAAAUUCCAAUUGAGUGCCUGUGUGCUAGCUGGUGAGUUUGGAUUGAGAAAGUCUGAAGAGAAUAUAGUUGAUGGUAAGUGCUAGGUCUGUAGUUACUUAACGAACAGGGGGAAAAAAAGUACACUGGUUAGGCAAUAAGUUUUAAGCAGAAAGUUUCUUAUAUAAUGUGUACGUGGUUUGAGGGAAGAAAGUUCUCAUUGCUUCUUACCACUCUUUAAAAAGGCUCAAGAAGUCCUCACAGUUUGAGUCUGCAGUGAUACUAAAUGCUUCCAGACUUUAUUACCAGGCAGUGUGCAUGUUGCUGUGGCCCCAACAUAAGCCGUUUGUCUUCAAUCACUGUAGUGAUUCCAGCCAGCUGUCAUUCUAGAGGCUUCAGGUACUCAUUUAAGAAUGUAGUCCCUUGGCCGCCCCGCAGGAGAGAGGCAGAGAUGGCAGAUGAGAUCGCCAAGGCUCAGGUCGCUCGGCCUGGUGGCGACACAAUCUUCGGGAAGAUCAUCCGCAAGGAAAUCCCAGCCAAAAUCAUUUUUGAGGAUGACCGGUGCCUUGCUUUCCACGACAUUUCUCCUCAAGCACCUACACAUUUUCUGGUGAUACCCAAGAAACAUAUAUCCCAGAUUUCUGCAGCAGAAGAUGAUGAUGAAAGUCUUCUUGGACACUUAAUGAUUGUUGGCAAGAAAUGUGCUGCAGAUCUGGGCCUGAAUAAGGGUUACCGAAUGGUAGUGAAUGAAGGUUCAGAUGGUGGACAGUCUGUCUAUCACGUUCAUCUCCAUGUUCUUGGAGGUCGGCAGAUGCAUUGGCCUCCUGAUUAAGCAUGUUUUGGGGAUAAUCUUCCCUUCUCUAGGCAAUGAUUAAGUUAGGCAAGUUCCAGUAUGUUAAGUGGCACACUUAUUUUUGCCUGUGUAUGGAGAGAUUCAAUAAAUAAUUUUCAAACCGGAUACAUAAUAAAAGACAUUGUUGCAUGGUUAAAAAAAAAAAAAAAAAAGAA